AUGACUAAACGAUCAUGGAAAACAAGGAUAUUAAAACUGCGAGUAAUUAAUUGCAUAUUUUUUAUAUUAGCUGUGAAGGCAGUAAUUAAGUUAUUAACGACAUGUGGCAUCUACAACUACUCGCAUCUCCCUGCGGAGGUAAUAGAAACACAACUCUAUAAGCAAAUAUCACCAACUUUCAUUACACAGAAAUCUAAACCAGAUUGUAAAUAUGAUGGAGUACUUAAGAGAGAGUUGUCUAUAUCAAAUUGGGAGGUACCAAAAACAUUUGAUGACUUCUCAGCAACAGGCUUGGUAAACGGCAGUUUCAUUCCGGAUCACUGCACUCCAAUGUUUAGUGUGGCUAUAAUAGUAGCUUACAGGAAUAGACAGAGACAACUAGACAUAUUCCUACCUUACAUGCAUAACUUUCUGAGGAAACAAAAUAUACACUACAGAAUAUAUUUAGUGGAACAACAAGAUGAGAAAAUAUUUAACAAGGGUAUCCUGUACAAUGUUGGAGCAAAAGUGGCAAUCAGGGACAAGUUCCCUUGUCUGAUCCUACACGACGUAGACUUGCUGCCGCUGGACGCGAACAACCUGUACGUGUGCGCGAACGAGCCGCGCCACAUGAGCGCCAGUAUCGACAAGUUCAGAUUUGUGCUCCCCUACGACUACCUGGUGGGCGGCGUGCUGGCGCUCAAGUCGGAACAAUACGUGCAAGUCAACGGGUUAUCUAACAGGUUCGAAGGCUGGGGAGGCGAAGAUGAUGACUUUUCAUGGAGACUCAGUUCACAUAAAAUUAAUGUUAUCAGGUAUCCUCGUGAAAUGUCCCGCUAUACGAUGUUGAGGCAUCCGCAGGAGCGCAAGAACACUCGGCGCUCAACUGUCAUGAAGGAAAACAAGCAGGACCCAUCGACCAACGUGAAGGACGGAUUCACUUCGACGCGGUACUCCAGCAUGCACGUCAAGAACCAUCGACUGUUUACACACGUCGGGGUGGUGGUGUGA